AUGGCAACUGCUGAGCACUGCAUCUACUGCUUCGAGUCCCUGGCGGCUCAUCUCGAGCAACGGAAAUCACUAUCUCUGGCAGAUAUCGAGAAGCUAUACCCCAAGUACCGUCAGAGCAAUAACACCGACCUUGCAGCGGGAGCAUCCGAGGGGCUCAAGAAACAGAUUCCCGCCCUGGAAAGGCUAGCCGAUCAAUCCUCUGGAAGCAACUCAUCGCUCCCCUCGUCGGGCUCCAGCAUGUCCCUCGAUGCCGACACGCCCGACACCUCGACUUCUUCCUUGCCCACAGAGCGUGAGGCCAUCACCGAAUCUCCACUGUUUGUGACCUGGAAUACAGUUUCGCCCAAGUCGGGAAAUACCAAUUUGCGGGGAUGUAUUGGCACGUUCGAGGCACAAGAGCUGGAGGAUGGUAUCUCGUCGUAUGCGAUCACGUCGGCUAUCCACGAUAUGCGCUUCAACCCCAUUUCGAAGCGGGAGCUUCCCUCACUUGAGGUUGCCGUUACGCUGCUCACCGACUUUGAAGAGUGCGAUGAUGCCAUGGACUGGGAGCUCGGUACGCACGGAAUCCGCAUCAGCUUUACCGAGCGCGGCAGGCGAUACGGCUCUACAUAUCUGCCAGACGUGGCUCCCGAGCAAGGAUGGGACAAGGAAGAGACCAUCGUGAGUCUGCUCCGAAAAGCAGGCUGGGUAGGUAAGAAGGACAAGUGGCACGAGCUGGAUCUCAAGGUGGUCCGGUACCAGGGCAAGAAGGAACACCUGCGAUAUCCCGAAUUCAAGCAAUUCCGAGAUUGGUACAGCGAGCAUAGCAAGGCUUGA